AUGGCAACCAAGAUGUUUGCUCUGUUUGCUCUCCUUGCUCUUUGUGCAAGUGCCACUACUGCCACCGUAUUACCGCAGGACUACCCAAGGACGAUGGCACUGGGCGCCAUGAACCCAUGUUUGCAAUACUGCAUGAUACAGCAAGCGUUCACCAUGGGCAGCUUGGCCUCGCCGGCCAUGAUGAUGCUGCAGCAACCGUUGGCCUUACCGUUUCAGCAGUAUUGGAAGCCAAUGAUGACGCCGGACAUGAUGAUGCUGCCGCAAUGCCACUGUGAUGCCAUCUGGCAGGUGGUGCAGCAACAGCAGCAUAUGAGGAUGAUGGCUGAGAUGGCGAUACAGCUGCCAUUCAUGUUCAACCCGGUGGCCAUGGCAACCUCGCCUGUGUUCUUCCAGCAACCCUUUGUUGGUGUUGCGUUCUAG